AUGCCCUUUAACGUGUCUUUGAGAACCUGGAAGGCCAACCAAGAUCUUGGGCGCAAUCUGGCGCAGAUCGUUUGAUGUUGAACAAUUACAUUCCACGAUUAAGGUUAAUAUCGACAUGGGUGUUUGACGCUCGAACCGCCCAGCCCUCCUGGCAUGGACCCUUGCACCUUUGCUUGAGCACCCUUGCACCUUGGCUUCGAUGAUCGACCGACCUCCUCUCGACUUCCUGAUUUGCGACCGCCUUGACAGCUUCGCUUGUGCGAUCCAGACUUCCGGACUUAAUCGUCCCAUCCUGUCAAGUCGUCAGCUAUAUAAUUAUCUACAGGCUGACCCCGCGCUUUGCUGACUUGAUCCCUUCCCCCUAGCUCCAUCCUCGUAAACCUUCCUAUCCUUCUUACCAAACCAACUCGACGACAAGCUUUCAAGCCUACGAUGGCCAGAGACCAAGUUCUACCUUCAGAGAUUCAAGAAACCGCACUACUUCAACUGCUUGCCAAUUCCCUAGUCCUUUCCCAAACAGCUCCGUACCUGUCCUGCUACGAUGUCUUGAAUCUGGCUGCCACAUCGCGCGCAUUUCGUUUCCUGAUCUACCAUACCCCGCAAGUCUUCCGCCGCCUGGAUUUGGGCAACGUCAAGACAGCCCAGUUUGACAGUGAUGCUAUUGACCGGGGUGGCCAGACCUGGCGCAAUGUUCAGCUUGACGAAACCUUGACUGAGGACGAUUUCUAUUCGAGACCUCUGAGAGGCAUCUUCUCCAACCUCCGACGGCAUGACAUCCUUCGGGAUGUGCAGGUUUUGACCCUUGAUGGUCUUUCUGUCACUGCCGAGCUCAUCCACGACAUCCUCAUUGAUCCGGCAUUUUCGGUUCGCAUUCUAUCGAUCCGCGAUGUCAAGAAUCUGAAUGAACGAAAGCUCCAAAAGACACUGCAAUAUGCGUGCCGAGAGUCCAGACCUGAGGGCACACCACGGCUCAAGGGUCUCUAUGUGUUUGGUCCGAAGGAUCCGGUACCUGAGGCGGCUCCUCCUCAGGAGAGCUCCCGGAGCCCUUCACCUACCAGUCCGGCCGCGGUAGCAGCAGCCUGGAACACGCGAAGCCAACAAACACUGACGACUUCUCUCAUUGAGGAACUUGAGGCGUGGUAUUCUCGCCGUGGCAGCCAGUUUCCGUGUCGGAUCAACCCUGACUGGGCCUCUACGCUUGUGGCCUGCGAUGGCAUGAUUGCAUUUGAUUCAGUUCUUUGCACCAGCCCCAGGCAUAUCAACUCGCUGGCAUGGGGCAAGGUUAACCUCGAUGUUCUGAAAGCCGCGGGCUCCCCAUCAUCUGCAUUGAUCCCUCACUUCAACGUGGCCACUCACAGUCUCGGUGGCUGUGAGGGAUGUGGCUCUGCACCCGAAGGUUUUACAGUGUGGGGAGAAGACAUCUAUCCAGAAGAAAGAGAUACUGAGGGAAGAAGGUCUAGUCAUACUUCCAUGGCCGACAUUGGGAGGUUCCCGCUGCUGCCCCCGCCUCCGAUGCAUUCUUCGACCCUGAGCGCUGCAAUGUGUCCGACUGGCCAGGCGGUCCGGCACCGACUUUCCUACCUGAGAAAGGGAAACCAGAACAAGGCGCGCUUCAUCCCACGCUGUUUUGACUGCAUUAGAGACAGGUACUGCGCCGGGUGCAACAAAUGGUGGUGCGAGACGUGCUAUGUCGGGGCGUUUGCAGGAUCAUCCAGUGGCCAUGCUGGAUUGAAUUCAGGGGACCAUGUAAGCAACCCCCCCACCAUUACCGGAGAGAACGACAACAGAGACUCGGGGCCCAUGAUACUGGACGGGUUUUGCGCCGAUGGAAAGUGCUCGCUCUGCCGUUCCUCGACCGCUUCUGUGACUGCCGGCAGCGAGCAGCCUGCAUAA